GCGUUUUUUCGAAAGCUUUCCUUUCGUAUCGGGGAAAUUUCUUUCACAAAUUUUGUCGUUAAACGCCGCGGUUUGCUGUGAAUUAUUUUAUUAAAGGACUACGUUGACCAUGUCAGCCGUGGAAUCACAAUUUGAUUAUGGUUUUCCCGACAUUGCCGCCGAUUCUACAACAACCUCCUCCAAUUAUUCACUAUAUAAUGAAUAUUCGGGAAAUAAUGCGAGUACUGAAGCAAAGCCAGAUAGCGAAUUUCUAAGCCAAAUAAUGGUCCCUUUAUAUUUAAUCAUUUUCGUUCUAUCUAUGGUUGGCAAUACUUUUGUGCUAGUAACAUUAAUCAGAGACCGCAGAAUGAGAACGGUUACCAACGUGUAUUUACUUAAUUUGGCACUAGCUGAUCUUUUGUUGGGAGUUUUCUGCAUGCCUUUUACCUUAGUCGGACAAGUGCUGAGAAACUUUAUAUUCGGUGAAAGGAUGUGUAAGUUGAUACCAUAUUUCCAAGCUGUGUCUGUGUCGGUCGCCGUUUGGACAUUGGUAGCUAUUUCUAUGGAGAGAUACUUCGCUAUUUGCCGACCACUCAAGUCGAGACGGUGGCAAACCAGAUCGCGUGCUUCAAAAAUUAUUUGCGUUCUUUGGAUCAUCAGUUUGUCAUGGAACCUGCCAAUUUUGGCUUUUUCUACUUUGCAAGCUACGAAACGAGGUUACAAGUGUAGGGAGCUUUGGCCUAGCUAUGACACCGAAGUGGCCUUUAAUUUGAUUUUGGACGCAAUUUUGUUAUUAAUUCCGCUAAUUAUUAUGAGCCUCGCGUAUUUCAUGAUCAUUGAAAAACUCUGGAAAGGACUACAAAGAGAAAUGGAACAAAACUCCUUUGAUAAAUUUUAUGUGACGCCUAUUAAUGAUGAAAUACUUAUUUGUUCAGAGAGUGGAAUCGCAACCAAGCAAACCAAAUCACCAAAGAAAUUUACAUCCAUUACUACUGUAUUGGCAGGCAAGAAACCCUGGUGUAAUUUACUUUGUCUCAAGAGUUUUGUAGGGGUUCAGAAGCAUCAGACGGAAAGUAAUAUUUUCCAUGAACGAGAGGUUUCUUCUCCAGGGAAUAGUGGAGAGAGUUCAAAAUUUUCAAAAAUGCGAGCGACACAGAGAAUCAGGUCCAAUUUCAUGGACAAAAGCAUAGAAGCUAAGAAAAAGGUCAUCCGAAUGCUCUUUGUAAUCGUCGCCGAUUUUUUCAUCUGUUGGGCACCACUCCAUGUUCUCAACACUUUCUAUUUGUUCUACCCCGAGGAGGUAUAUGAGAAUAUAGGAUCCACGGGAAUCGCCUUAAUUCAACUGCUGGCGUAUACCAGUGCAUGUUCGAAUCCCAUCAUUUAUUGUUUUAUGAACAAAAAGUACCGCCAUGCAUUCCUGGUGGCAUUUGGAUGCAAGGUGUGCUGCAAGGAGAACACGAUAAAGGAAACAAGAAGUGGUAAAUACAAAAAGGUCAUCAUCAAAAGUAACGGAAACAAUUCAAACUCUGGAAACGAGUCCGUACUGCGAUUCAGCAACCCCCGUUCUGAACUGAUCGGUCCAGAAGCCGAGGAUCGUGUUUAGCAGCGGUUCAGAAUUUCGCAAGAGUUCGUCGUCUUCAAACCAACCCGUUGCCGUCAUCGAAAUAAAUCCAGACGACGAAUCAUUUAGAUAUAAAAUAUCGUGGGUGAGGCAACAUCAGAUUGCUGCACAAGUUUUAGCGGCGGCUGAAGGACUAAAUAGUGCCCAAUACUAAGGGGAUGUUUCGUCCAAUCUUAAAAACACACAUGAAUUUUUUAUAUUUGUUAUAUGUGAUCUGAUAAGCGGUAAGACUGAUAUAAUUUUUUACAUACUGGUUUUCAAUGGUGUUUCUUAAAUGGAAUGUUUAAUGUAGAUAACUCCUA